GCAGACCGCGACGCAACAGUUGCAGCAGCGGGUCUGCAUUACCGCCACCACCUCGAGUUCGGAGCCGCGCGAGACAGCUCCUAAGUUCGAUGGGCAGGAGAUCUUCCAUGAAUCCAUGAAGACAGAUCCGAUUCCAUGGUUUCGCAAGUUCGAGCUCACGCUGCAGCUCCACAACGUCAACGAACUCAAGCACCACGCAUACUUGUACUGUCGCUCAGGGGGCGCGUGCGAGGCUUGGUUGGACAACCUGUUGUCCAAGUACAGAGUGGUAGCUAAUGACUUGCACACCAAGAUCACCUGGGAUGAUCUGAAGGCGGCAUGGCACAAGCGGUUCCAGGUGGAGCCGCCAGAGAUCAAAGCCAUGGACAAGCUCAUGGUCUUCGAGCAAGGCACGCUGCUGAGUACGGACCGGAUCGCCGAGUACCAACGCUUGACGUCAGUCCCAACAUCCAGAUGGGCUUCAAGGCCAUCCGUCACUACUUCAUCUCAAGACGCAGGGUUGCCCACUCAAGGGCAAGGGUCGACAGGGAAACUUAGCACCGCCGAGAGUGACGCGACGACACUCUCGACGCCUUCGGAACUGGUUUCUUCGCGAGUGACCAGCCUUCAUUCCGAGGCACAUGCGGAAGUCGACAGUCCUCCGCUCCUGCUUUCUUUCGAGGACUAUGCUGCCCGGCUCAUUCCAACGCUGGGUUCUCAAGCUCAAGGACAAGGAGUGUGUGUGGUUUCUUCUCCCUCCGGCAACAGCGACAUAUCGUCUUCAAGUGGUUCGUCACGGGAUUCGGCGCGCGAGUUUAAUGUAGAGGCAUUGGACCCGCUCACGUCUGGGGACUUUGCAUGGCUUCCUCUCCUGACCACAGGCUCUUUGCCGGGACCGCAAUGUGCAACACUCAGCGCUAAGCUUCACACUUACCUAUCCUUCUAUGCACCACCAACUUCGCCGACGAAUGAGGAAGUCGCGGUGGGGGACAUCCUGGCAUAUAUUACCAAGGUGGCCCGCGAGUUUCACACACAGCGGUACGAUGACAACAACGCACCGCUCAUGUAUGUCCGCAUCCAGGUUGGGCAAGUGUCCUGCAGCGCUUUGCUGGAUAGCGGCGCGUCUCGCAACUUCAUGAGCCAGUCUUUUAUGCAAAGAGCUGGCCUUGACGCACAAGUUCGGAGGAAGGCAAACCCGAUGGCGAUCAAGUUGGCGGAUGGUAAGACGCAACAACUUCUCGACCGUUACAUCGAGGCUGUACCGGUCUACUUCGCACCUCAUGCAUGCGAACUGGUAACAUUCGAUAUUCUCGACACGGACUUCGACAUCAUUCUGGGAAUGCCUUGGCUCGCAAGUGCGGAUCACACGGUCAACUUCCAUCGGUGGACUCUUAGCGUUCGCGACGCCUUCGGCGCAGAAGUGGCGUCCCGAGGAGAUCGGCCUAUGUUUCCUACGGACCGUCGCGGUAGCCGACUCUUCACCCACGGACUUGUCUUCGGACCCCGUGUGGUACGGUUGUUGGACGAGUUCGCCGACAUUUUCGAGUCACCUACCGGUGUGGUGCCGGGUCGGCCGGUCUCUCACGAGAUCAUUCUUGAGGCCGGUGCCGUGCCGCCGAAAGGUUGCAUCUAUCGGAUGAGCGAGGAGGAGCUUGAGGUACUCCGCGCACAACUCGACCAUUUGUUGGCGAAGGGCUGGAUCCGCCCAAGUAGCUCCCCAUAUGGAGCACCAGUUCUCUUCGUCAGGAAGAAGAACAAGGAUCUACGAUUGUGUAUCGACUACCGCAAGCUCAACGCGCAAACCGUCAAGAAUGCGGGGCCUCUUCCUCGCAUCGACGAUCUUCUCGAGCGGUUGGGCGGCGCGAAGUAUUUUUCCAAGUUGGAUUUGAAAUCGGGAUAUCAUCAAAUCUCGAUCCAGCCGAACGAUCGCUACAAGACCGCGUUCAAGACGCGGUACGGACAUUUUGAGUGGGUGGUCAUGCCUUUUGGCCUCACCAACGCCCCGACGACAUUCCAGGCGCCGAUGACCAAUGAGUUCCGUGCAAUGUUGGACCGGUUCGUGCUGGUCUACUUAGACGAUAUUCUCACCCAAGACACCGUCAACAGCACCAUCACUAGAUGGAUGGCUUUCAUGGACAAGUUCGACUUCUUUCCCGAUCACAUUCCCAGGAAGUCGAACCGUUUUGCAGAUGCUUUUUCACGGCGUCCGGAUCACUGUACCGCGGUCUACUCAACAUUCAAGAUCGACGACGACCUGCGGAACAGCUUCAUCCGCGGCUACCAAGCCGACCCCGAUUUUCGCAACAAGUACGCGAAUUGCUCCUCUCCUAAUCCGGCUCCUUCUCACUACCGGAUCCAAGAGGGGUACUUGCUUGUCCACACGCGAGGGAAGGACCUUCUUUGCGCACUGAGUGAUCCUCACUUGCGUACACGGCUUCUUGGCGAGUUCCACGAUGCUCCCGCCACUAGACAUUUUGGAGUCAAUCGCACGAUUGGCCGACUUCGCCAGCGAUUUUGGUGGCCCGGCCUUCUCGGCGACGUCACGCGCUAUUGCGAGUCUUGCGAGGUUUGCCGACACUGCAAAUCCCGCAACCAUCGUCCGUACGGCGAGUUACGACCAUUGCUAGUCCCGUUGCGGCGAAGGGAAGCGAUUGCCAUGGACAUUACCGGCCCGUUCCCCAACCACAAGACCGGAGUGGAUGGGAUUCUCACGGUGGUCGACCGACUCACCAAGUUCACCAUGUUUUUGCCUUGUCGCUAUCAUGCCAAGGCACCGGAGUUCGCCGAGGUUCUGUACGCCGGUUGGAUUCGCACCAAGGGUUACCCCAAGGAGAUCGUCUGCGACCGCGACACUCGGUUCAUGUCCGAUUUUUGGUUGGCGCUCAUCAAGCGAUGGGGCUCAUCUCUCAAGCCCAGUUCAGCUCGCCACCCUCAGACCGAUGGCCAGACGGAGAGGGCGCAUCAGACCGCACAGGUUCUCCUUCGCACUCUCAUCCGCCCCGACCAGAAAGAUUGGGUUGAGCGACUGCCGGACGCUGAGUUGGCGUACAACUCUUCCAUCCACCCGGCUAUUGGGAUAUUGCCCUUCGAGUUCGAGCACGGCUCGCCGGUCACAUCACCGUUGGACACUAUCACUCCACGCACGACAGAGAGCGACGACCAUCUUCUCUUCUUGCGUCGGAUGCAAGAGCUUCUUGUCAAGGCACGCGACCAGAUGGCUAAGACGCAGCAGCGCAUGAGCCAGCAGGCAAAUCGCCAGCGUCUUCCUUGUCCAUUCCGCGCCGGAGACCUUGUCUGGGUUUCGGCAGCGGAAUUCUUGAACAGGACAUCUCUCGCAAGCUCCUUCCAAAAUGGAUGGGGCCUUGGCCGAUCAUUGAGCCCGCUGGGGACGCACCUAAAGGGCCUUCCUUCACGAUUCAAGUGCCUAGCCACUUGCCUGAACAUGACGACUUUCCCGGAAGACGUACGCAAGAUCCACCUUCUAUGGAUGUUUUUCAGGAGGUCGGCGACAUCAUCUCCCAGCGACGCUACGGCAACAAGCCAACUGAGUAUCUGGUGCAUUUUGCUUACUGCACUCAUCGAGCUGAUCGUUGGUUGACCCGUGCAGAACUGCAAGCGACAGCUCCAGACGUUCUCGCACGCUACGAACGC